AUGGCUAACCUCACUAUUUCUUGUUUUCUCUCCCUCCUCUUCAUGGCCCUGUUUAUUCAGUUGUCAAAUGCAGCCUAUAAUAACGUGGUCAGUUUUGGUGCAAAGCCGGACGGAAAAACUGACGCAACACAAGCGUUCCUCAAGGCAUGGGCGUCGGCGUGUAGCACAGCCGGAGCGUCCACCAUUUACAUCCCCAAAGGGAGGUUCCUGCUGAAAGCAACCGUUUUUAGGGGCCCAUGCAAGAGCAGAAUCACCGUUCAGAUUGACGGCACCCUUGUGGCUCCGUUGGAUUAUCGCGCUCUCGGGAACUCGGGUUACUGGAUUUUGUUCAUUCAGGUGAACCAAGUAGCGGUUUACGGCGGCACGCUGGAUGCAAAGGGCGCCGGCUUUUGGGCUUGCAGGAAAUCUGGAAAGACUUGUCCCGUCGGUGCUAGAUCGAUAACAUUUAAUGGGGCGAACAACAUUGUGAUAAGUGGGUUAACGUCCAUCAACAGUCAGCUAAGUCACCUUGUAAUUAAUAGCUGCAACAACGUGGAAAUUAGAAAUGUGAAGCUCAUUGCACCUGAUCAGAGCCCAAACACCGAUGGAAUUCAUGUUCAGACAUCAACUGGCGUUACAAUCCAGGGAAGCACCUUGCAAACCGGAGAUGACUGCAUAUCAAUCGGCCCCGGCACCAAGAACAUGUUGAUAAGGAACAUUAAGUGCGGCCCUGGCCAUGGAAUAAGCAUUGGCAGCUUGGGGAAGGAAGUGAAUGAAGCUGGCGUCCAAAACGUAACGGUAACAAACGCAGUAUUCAGUGGGUCGGAUAAUGGGGUACGAAUAAAGUCAUGGGCCAGGCCCAGCAACGGGUUUGUUCGGAACAUUCUAUUCCAAAACAUUGUUAUGAACAACGUUGAGAACCCCAUAAUCAUUGAUCAGAACUAUUGCCCCAACAACCAAGGUUGUCCUACCCAGGGCUCGGGUGUGAAGAUCAGUGGAGUGACGUACAGAAACAUAAAGGGAACAUCUGCCACGUCAGAGGGUGUGACAUUUGACUGUAGCCCAAGCAGUCCAUGCAGAGGGAUCAGAUUGGAAGACGUCAAGCUUACGUACAUGAAUAAGGCGGCAACGGCGUCGUGUAAGAACAUAGUUGGAAGCAGCAGCGGAAUACUCAUGCCCGACAGCUGCCUAUAA